ACUUCCUGUGGCAGAGAAAAGAGGUAGUGAGCGCAGGAUGUGAGGGAUGUGAACCCAGCCGCUCCCCACUCCGCCAGUCGGCUCAGCCACCCGCCCUCUGCCCCCUGCCCUCCUGCUGGCCGCCGGGCCCAUGCGCCCUGGCACCACCGCCUGGGGUCUGCCACAGAGGGAUGCCGGGAAAGGCCAAGCACCUGGGGGUCCCCAACGGCCGGAUGGUCGUGGCUGUCUCGGAUGGAGAGCUGAACAGUGCGGGGGCGGCGGCGGGGGCGGCGGGGGUCGCGGAGGAGGAGGGCCGGGGGAGCACCCUUAGCAUCCAGAGCCUGCCCAGUGCCCCCAGCCGUCCCUUCGCCGCUGACCAGUCCGUGGCCAGCUGGGCCCAGUCCUUCGAGAGGCUCCUCCAGGACCGGCUGGGCCUCGCCUACUUCACCGAGUUCCUGAAGAAGGAGUUCAGCGCAGAGAAUGUCAGCUUCUGGCAGGCCUGUGAGCGGUUCCAGCAGAUCCCCGCCAGCGACACCCAGCAGCUGGCCCAGGAGGCCCGGAGCAUCUACGAAGAGUUCCUGUCCAGCCAGGCCCUCAGCCCCGUCAACAUCGAUCGCCAGGCGUGGCUGGGCGAGGAAGUACUAGCCGCCCCCAGCCCCGGCAUGUUCCGCCUGCAGCAGCUGCAGAUCUUCAACCUGAUGAAGUUUGACAGCUACGCCCGUUUUGUCAAGUCCCCCCUCUACCACCAAUGUCUCCUGGCAGAGUCCGAGGGACGACCCCUCGGGGACCCCGGAGCCCCCAGCCCCGGCAGCCCCAACACCACUUUCCGCAAGAAGCCAAAACUGAAGCCGGGGAAGUCACUGCCCCUGGGUGUCGAGGAGCUGGGGCAGCUGCCCACGGGCGAUGCCCCCGGCGCCCGUAUGGCCAGGAAAUCCUUCCGCCGGGGCGACCUCAAGGAGGCCUGGACAGAGCAGGGGAGCCUCAACGGGAACCCCGCUUUGCGCCGAGAGUCCCAGGGUUCCCUCAACUCUUCGGCCAGCCUGGACCUCGGCUUCCUCGCCUUUGUCAGCGGCAAACCCGAGGGCCUGGGUCACCGGAAGAGCCUGGGGAGCAGUGAGGGGGAGGGGGAGGGCCGGCCGGGCCGCUAUUGCUGUGUGUACCUGCCCGAUGGCACCGCCUCUCUGGCCAGUGUGCGGCCUGACCUCUCCAUCCGUGCCAUGCUCACCGGCAUCUGCGAGAAACGUGGGCUCUCCCUGCCUGACGUGAAGGUCUACCUGAUGGGCAAUGAGCAGAAGGCCCUAGUCUUGGACCAGGAGAGCAUGGUGCUGGCCGACAAGCAGGUGAAGCUGGAGAACCGAAUCAGCUUUGACCUGGAGAUCUCUGCGCUGGGGAAGACGGUGAGGAUCUCGUCCAAACCGGCCAAGCGUCUGCGGGAGGUGCUCCAGCCCUUCCUGGGGAAGUAUCAGCUCAGCCUCCAGCAGGUCAAGCUGCACCUGGAGGGAGAGAAGCGCGCCUUGGAUCUGGAGAAGCCGGUUACCUCGGUGGCCUCCCAGAGGGUGAUUCUGGACACUAUCCCAGGUGUGAAGGUGACAGCGGCAGCAGUCGAAGACUUCAGCUUUCAGACCAAGGCCCAGGGAGGCGCCUCCAGACCAGAAGAGCAGCCGGCCUCGCUGUCCUCCCUGCUCACCAACUCGCUGGCCGAGGGACCCAGGGGCCUGGCUGGAAAGCGCAGGACUUGUGACAUUGAAGGUCUGGUGGAGCUGCUGAACCGGGUGCAGAGCUGCAGAGCCAAUGACCAGCGGGGGCUGCUCCGCAAGGAGGACCUGGUACUCCCCGACUUCCUGCAGCUGCCCAGCCUCGGCCGGGAGGAGCCCCCCACUGCCCCCGCCCACCCACCGUCGCCACCAUGCCCAGCACAGACUGAGCCCCAGGCUCCACCUCCGGGGACCUCAAUGGACGCCGCUGCCAGUCAAGCCACGGGCACAGCCCCAAUCCAGGGGGAUUCCUCUGCCCUCUGACCCUUCCUCAACCCAGAACCUCCUCCUUGGCUCAUCUCCCCCCCUGCAACCCGGGCAUUGGGCCUGUGAUGCUUCUAUCUGCUUGGGUAGCUGCAUGGCUCCACCCCAAGCCUAGGGCUGUGCCCAGGGCAGUGCCCCCACGGGGCUGGGGUGUGCACGCAGGUGUUGGCAUGUGCUUCCAGAGGGGGCGAGCAUGUGCUCUCGUGUCUAUCUGUGCAUGGUCCCGUGAGUGUGCUGGGCCCCUGACCAGUCUCCCCCAGUGCCCCCAGCCCCGACCCCUCCCCAGCCCCCCUAAACACACCACCAGGAGACAGUGUCAGAACCCUUUGAUUCCCUCUCCCUGCCCACCCCUCACACCCACCACCCUCCACGUGUCACCCACUCCAGCAACUCCCUUCUAGGUCGCCUUAGGGACAGGGGUCACCCAUCAGGGCCCAGGGGGUGGGCUGGGCCCCAAUCUCCAACCCCCAGCAAAGGGGUUGGGGCAGGGGCAAGGAGAAUGGGCCCCUGAAAGAGAGCAGGCUGGGAAGAGCAGGGGGUGGGCAGGAGGGAAGGAGGACACGUGUGAGAAGUUGGCACAGGCCCUCGGAGUUGCACAGGAACUUCCGCACGGUGAGGUGCCUCCCUCUGGGCACAGUCAAGGCUGGGUUGAGGGCCCCAAGACUUGAUGCCCUCCUGAGAACAGGGACAAUUUUGGCAAUGCCAGUUGCCCCCUGGGCCUCUCCUGCUCUCUUCCAGUAUGCCUCAGCCCCAGGGGGUGGGGGUAGGGGAGAACCCCACCCUCUGAGCAGCACAGUCAGCCUCUGGCACGUGGUCAGCAGGAUGGGGUCACUGCCUGGCAUGUGAUAUUUGCUUGGUUCUCUUGGGGGAGUUUGUCACGAGGGUCCUUCCUUGGACAUCCUGGCUUUACUCCCGCUCCCACUCCCUCCACUCCCAUCCUGUUCCUUUCCCUCAUAGGCACUGUAGGCACCUCCCUGUCUGGACAGCUUGGUUUCACCUGAGGGAGCAGGACCAUGGAGGGUUUAGAUGAGGGCCAAGCCCAUCACUAUACACACUGUAAUUAUGUAGUUUGUGAGCAGCUUGGAGAGAGAUGGGAGUUGGAUGGAGAUACCGUUAUCAUAAUAAUUAUCAUAGAGUCCAGCAGUGUGGUGCUGUGUUUGUGAAUCCCAGCUGGGUGGACAGGGACGCAUUAAGAUGGGCCCUGGGGCCCGGGAAGACUGGGAGACCCCAACCUAAGGUUCUCCCCCUCCUGUGGCCCCCCAUCUCCCCAGCUCCACGGCUUUAGCCAUAAGGCCACUGACACCGUCAGAAUAAUGACAAUGGUGGCAUUUGUUAAGCUCUUAGUAUGUAUCAAGCACUGAGGUAGAUACAAAACAAUCAGACCAGAAACAGUCUCUGUCUCACAGGCAGCUCGUAGUCU